GUGGGUACAGUGUCAAGUCCCCAGGAUCUGUGGGAGAGGCAAUCGAUGGUGAACUGGAAUUCUUAACCACCUCCUUCCAAAGAGCUUAACUCCAGCCUUUGCUGCAAUGUUGCAUUUGAAGUUUGGGGGAUAUUUUCUUUCUUUCUUUUUUUAAAGGAUGGUGAGCUAAUCCCUUGAAACUGAGGAUGUGGGCUCAUGAAAGCAGAAAACAUCAGGUCUGACCAAAAGAGAAGAAAAGGAGGGGAAAAAAACCACCCCAGAACAACACACAGAGCUCUGUCUGUUGAAAGACUUGGCAGGGUUCGGUGGUGGCAGAACAACUCCAAGCGGUGCUAAGGGACGUGCCCGGAGUGGACAAAUCAUGCUAAUUGUGUGUGAGAGGGACCUAAAACUAAACCCAAAAUGAAGAGAGAAAGGGAAGUCUUGUUCAGAGUCCUCAGUGCUCCCGGAUUCGUGCACGUAGCUUGCUUUCUUAUAAUCUACACAGAUCUGCUGGAGGGAGUCAAUAUCACCAGCCCAGUGCUGCUAAUUCAUGGCACUGUUGGAAAGCCUGCCCUGCUCUCCGUGAAAUACACCAGCACCAGCACUGACAAGCCCGUCAUCAAAUGGCAAGUGAAGCGCGACAAGCCUGUGACGGUGGUGCAGUCCAUCGGCACUGGGAUUAUCGGUAACCUCCGCCCGGACUACAGGGAUCGGAUCAAGAUCUUUGAGAAUGGCUCCCUGUUGAUCAACGAGUUGCAGUUGUCCGAUGAGGGAACAUACGAGGUGGAGAUCUCCAUCACAGACGACAUUUUCACGGGGGAGAUGAACAUUAACCUUACAGUCGAUGUUCCAAUUUCAAAGCCUCAUGUUGUCCUGGCCUCCUCUACCGUCUUGGAGCUCAGUGAAUAUUUCACGUUGAACUGCUCCCAUGAGAAUGGCACCAAGCCCGCCUACACGUGGAUGAAGGACGGCAAACCCCUCAGCAACGACUCCCGCCUGAUCCUGUCCCACGACCAGAAGGUGCUCACCAUCACCAGAGUCCUCAUGUCCGACGAUGACACUUACAGUUGUCUGGUGGAGAACCCUAUAAGCAAUGGCCGCAGCGUCCCUAUAAAACUUACCGUAUACAGAAGGAGCUCCCUCUAUAUCAUCCUUUCCACUGGGGGGAUUUUCCUUCUGGUUACCUUAGUGACCGUCUGUGCCUGCUGGAAACCAUCCAAGAAGAACAAGCGGGAAAUGGAGAAGCAAAGUUCCUCCGAAUACAUGGAUCAGAGUGUGGAUCAGAAACAUGAAGUUGAGAUUGUUCCUCGAAGUGGAGAACAUGAACGCAAGAAUCCAGUUGCUCUGUACAUCCUGAAGGAUAAAGAGUCUCCAGAAGACGAAGAGGAGUCCCUCCCCGAAGCCAGGCAUGCGGCCGAGCCUUCCCCGCCCAGCUACUCGAGCUCCCCGCCUCCUCCUGGAAGGUCGCCCGGGCUGCCCGUCCGGUCCGCCCGCAGAUACCACCGCUCUCCGGCGAGGUCUCCGGCCAGCUCCAGAACAAACAUAUCCCCCACCAGGGCCCCCAGCUCUCCGGGACGCAUCCCAAACGCCACGCGCUUGGUCCGGACUGCUGGCGUGCACAUCGUCCGAGAGCAGCCGGCGGAGGCCAGCCCGGUGGAGAUCAACGCGUGAGGCCGGCCGAGGAAGCCUCGCUCUGCCUGCGAAUGUCCCCCGGGGGUAGCCGUGAGCUUGCUCUGGGCCUUGGGCACCGGCGAAUACAUGUUUCCUCUCAGGGGAAAGCGCCCGGCUUCUGUUGCUUGUAGAUAAGAAGUGACUCACAGGGUCCCACUGGCUGGAUGGACCGGCUUGAGAAGGCUGGCCGUAGGGUACCCGUUCCUGCUUCCCUAUGUUUUAUUUAAAGGCACUAACUUGCUGAUGUCGUAACACUCGGGGAGCGGCACACACCUGUUACUAAAGCUUCUGCUUUGGGGGAUGCCCAACUAAUCGCCUUAAAGCCUCGCGUUUCUGUCCAUGCCGCUGGGGGAUUUUUUUUUUUAAAAAACGGGUGGGAGAGCGCACCCACAAGCCACAUGUCUCGAAGCAUAUCAAUGGCCGUCAACGCUGGGGCCAUCGCUCAGCGGCAGUCGCCUCUUUGACAUGCCUCCCCCCCCGCAAAGAUUUCUUGGGCACUCCCAUUUUGCAAAGGCACUGAACACCUUCUGGGAGGCCUCCCUAGCCCCUCCCUAGCCCCCAAAGCCCUGGGAUCCCUUGCAAACUUGAAGGUGGAGCCCAGCAGAAAAUUGUGGUGCCACUGGGGCUCCUCUGAUGUACACAAGUGACACAGACCAUUGCAGGCCUCCAACACGGCCGGAGCAAGAGGUUCCCCAUGCUGAAGAUGUUUCUCAGGGUGGCAUAUGGGCACGGGGCCGUAGCGCAGUGGAAGAGCAGCUACUUGGCAUGCAGAAGGUCCCAGGUUCCCUCCCUGGCAGCAUCUCCAAGAUAGGGCUGAGAGAGGUUCCUGCCUGCAACUUUGGAGAAGCCGCUGCCAGUCUGUGCAGACAAUACUGAGCUAGAUGGACCAAGGGUCUGACUCAGUAUAUGGCAGCUUCCGAUGUUCCUAUGAGUUGCCUGCAAACAGAGGCAAUGGCUGCUACAUGCCACUGUAGCUCUGCCAGCAAACUGAUACCAGGAAACCUUCUCAUCAAGUCCAUCCUGUCCUUUCCUGGAGUAUAUGAUCAUGGAGGAAAUGAUUCAGAAGAUUCCUCAUUCGCUGGCUAGAGGCCCCUAGCUUCACAAAGCUUCUUGAAACAAACAGCACCCUGGUUCACACAAUCAUUCUGAUCUCGGUUUAAUGUGGGUUACUGACAUUGGCGUGAUUGUGUGAAUCUAUGCCAAGGCAGGAAUCUCAGCUCCGUCUCGGGCCAUAAACCACCUCGGCACGGGUUCAAACAAUCACAUUAAUGUCAGCCACCCACAUUUGAAAUGUUGUGUGAACGCAGCCAGUAACUCUUUCCAAUUCACAAUUCUUCCCAGCCAUCUCUCACACAUAUACCCCACUCUCCAGAAACGAUACUUUCCUUUUUAUAGUAGGGUACAUGUCACACUUUGUGACCUUCACUUCAGAUUAUGCCAUUGUUUACCUGUUUACUUUUCUUUCUGGGAGCGCAAAGUGGUAUAUACAAAGCUCCCCCCUUUUAGCCUCACAACAGCUCUGAGAGGUAGGCUAGGUCGAGAGAGUGAAUGAUCAACCGAGGGUCACCCAGUGAUCCUUGAAGCUGAACAGAGAUUUGAAACCCGGCUUCUUGGUUCUAGUCCGAUUCUCAGCUCACUGCACCAUAGUGGCUGGCUCUCUCAUGUAGGGGCAGAAACGCCAGAGUUCAGCUUAAUACCCAUGGGCAUGCUGGGAAUCGUGGUGGGAAUCGUGGUGACCUGGAGAUGCCAUCUGUCCACAAACCUAUCAGUGAGCAAGCUUUGGUUGGCUUCGAAGGCUGUGCCCCUCAUCUUAUGCAAGUACAGGCAAACCUUGUUAUCCGCUGGUUCAGAAUCAGAAUCUUUAUGGUUAUGAGCACCGACCAGAACAACCACUGGUUCAACACUCAUGGUUUCACGUAUCUGCAGUUGGGGAAUAGGCACCCGACCUCGGCAUACGUGUGUGUGGUGCGGGGAUCCAACCCCAUGGAACUCAUGUAUCCAAGGUUCAGGGACCUGGUCUGGUCGGCCACGGCCAUACUUGUAAAGGGGAAUCCGGCAAGAAUUCCCCUUUACAAGAAAGAAAGGAGGCAGCCACAGCAGUGGGGUGUCAGUGGAGGCAGCAAUGGGGACCUCUUCCUGCCUGCCUGCCUCCCAAAUGACCGUGUAGGCCAUUUCAGACCCCUUUGCAUGCACGCGUGCACACAGAAAGGCCCAAAAUGGGCUGCAAAUCGGCCCACAUGGUCAUUUGGGAGGCAGGGAGGGAGGGAGAAGGAGUCUCCACCCCUGCCAUUCUUGUCGCACAGCAACGGUUUUAAAAGGUACAUGGAGUCCCCACUGCCAUCCCUGUCACGGCCGGAAGUUAACCCCCUAAUUUCCAUUGUCCCAAUGCAUCGAUAUUCACAGAUUCUGUACCCGCGGUCGUAGGGCGGAAUGGAACCCCCACCAAUAUCGAGGUUUUCCUGUACAUGCCCUCGGGGGACUGAUGUGUUGUGCUGGAUGAUGCAGACUUUUGCAAAGAAUUGGAUUGCUGGUUUCUGAGCACGAGAGGUGCCAAAGCGGCAGGAUGCAUAAUGUGCUUGCAGAAGGUCCUGAGAUCAAUCUCAGAAGGUCCCGAGUUCAAUCUCUGGCAUCUCUGCAUAUAGACAGAUCUCAAAUAGUAGGGUUGGGAAAGACCCUUAAGGGCAACCAAAGGUAUUGCGGGGCCUGAGGCCCGCUGUAGAAUGUUGCCUUGCCCCACAACCCUGGUGGGUACCAGACGCUUUUCAAAAGCCUCACUAGCUUUAAAAUGCAUGGGAGGCAAGGAGGAGGAAAGGCAAUCAACAGCCUCUUUUCUCCUUGUGCUUGUGAGCUUGAUAAGAUAUGUGAGGAGAGGUGCUCCUUGCAAAGUUUGCAAGAGUCAGAUAGUGGUCCCCAAAGCUGUUCCAAUGGCAACGGCAGGGGGCACAUUGCCACCCUGCUGAUGCCCCCAAAACAAUGCCGCCUGAGGCUGAUGCCUCACCUUGCCUCAUGUAAAGGCCGCCCUUGCUCUUGCUUGGGAUGCGAACAAGUUAUUGGCAGUUAGAUUAGGCCAGGGGUUCUCAGCUUUGGGCCCCCAGUUGUUGCUGGACUACAACUCCCCUCUUCCCCAGUCACAGUGGUCGAAGUCUCUGGGGACCCAAGGUUAGAACGUUCUGGCUUAUUGAAUCAGUGGGCCGAACGUGUAAGACAUUGUCUUGUAUUCCUAUGAGCAUAGCUAUUGCAGGGCUGUGCUUCCUUAACAGUGAUUUCAACAGUACACUUGGGGUACCUGUAGUGAUGGUGGAGGCAUUGCUCUGCUGGAACCAGUCUGUGCUUGCAAGCAGGGGUAGGAAUCAAUAAUACAGUGAUCUCUACUAUUUUUAAAGUGGGGGCCACUUGGGCAAAGAAACCUUCACUGUGAGAGCCAUUUCCCACUGUGCUGAUCUCUGCACCGUACUGUGCUUUUCUCAGUGCUGGGAGGGCCCUUCAAGAAUACAAAUACGACAGAUAUAUACUGCUUUUCAACAAAAGUUCCCAACGCGGCUUACAUGGAUUUAAAUCAGUCAAUAAAGAUGGAUCCCUGUCCCCAAAAGGCUCACCAUCUAAAAAAGAAACAUAAGCUAGGCACCAGCAACAGCCACUGGAGGGAUGCUGUACUGGGGACGGAUAGGGCCAGUUGCUCUCCUCCUGCUAAAUAAAGAGAACCAUCACUUUAAAAAGGGGCCUCUUUGCAAAGUUAGCAGGGAUGAAGAGUUCCAAGAGGACAGCGUUGGGAAGGGCUACAUUGCCCAGCACUCCUUCCAAGAUGCUGCAGGGUCCCAAGAGGGCUCAAUUUCUCUUAAAGGAAUCCUGGUGCUGGGCACAGGACAGCACGGUGGAGAUGAUCACCUCCGCAUGGGGCCAGGGGGGCUGUGCAGAGUAUUCCGCUUCAGCCAAAGCGUCACACGGGCCCAAUAAAUAAUUGGUCCGGGAUCCGCACUUUGGGUUCAUGGCAGUCGCGAUCGGUCUGGCCAUGGAGCUUGGCCAUGGCUGAAAGCCCCAGCCCAAGGGCUGCGGAGAUUUUACCACCCCUGUUCCCCUGGCAUAAGGGCCCAUAUACGGACAUUAGCUUGAAUGGAACUCCAAGCUGGUUGUGCUUUCUUGUCUGUCAGAUGAAAAUACGUUAUACAUUGCAUUAAAUCUUAGUGAAGAAAG